AUGUCCGCUGCUGCUAGAUCUUUUCAAAUGACUGUUCCAAAAGCUGUAUUAAUUGCUGGUGUAGGUUAUGGAUUAUUAAGUAUUUAUAUGUCAAAAUACUAUUUUAAAAACUCAUCCAUUAGAAAAAUUUAUGUUGAUUCUGAUUCUGAAUAUUCAAAAGUUCAUCCAAUGCAUAAAAUACAAUAUGAAGGUAAUUAUUUAAAAGAAAAGGAAAACAUUUAG